AUGCUUCUAUUGGCACCACUUCCUGCUGCUGCUGCAAACUAUAUUAAGGAGUCAAAGAUUGUAAACAACCUAAUUGAAAAUGUUCAGCUGACAGAAACAUACAAGUUUAUUGGAAAUACUAAAGGAAACUCUGAUAUCAGUGCAACAGUAAUCACGACAUUGAAACUGAAAAAUCCUAGCGGUACCAAGGCCAACUCACCGGCAACUGGUUCUACUGUCAGAAGCGUAAUAUUCCAGAGACCAGAAACCUAUACGUCCAAAAAUAUUAACGCCCUUAAAACGAUUCUAGCUGAUCUUGUAGAUUCUACUGGCGAGUAUGUAAAAAAAGAAAGCGCAAAAAAGUUUGUUGAGUUUAUAAGGUUGCUACGUCAAUCUGAUAGUGAGACUUUAUUAGAACUGGCUGCAUAUCCACAUCCCAACAAAGUCUUAGCACGCAAGGUAUAUUUGGAUGGAUUAUUUCGUACCAGCACAGCAGAAUCAGCUAGAGUUAUAUUAAAACAGCUUUCCAAAUUUGAUGAGAAGGAGAAAUUACUUGCAAUAUUGUCCUUAAACUUAGUCAAAAGUGUUGACAAAGAGACCCUCAAUCAAGCGGCUGCUCAGCUCUUACCAAACGCCCCUAAAGAGCUAUAUAUAGCUGUGGGUAGUUUAGUUGCUAAAUAUUGUUUAGGAAAUAAUUGUCAAGGACCGGAAGUUGAUGCCAUAUCUAAAAAGUUUUCUGAUGGCCUUAAACACUGUAAGCCAAAUACUAAGCGAGAAGAAGAGCGCAUUGUGUACAUUUUAAAGGGAAUAGGAAAUGCAAAGAGCUUAAGUGGCAAUACGGUUGCUGCUCUAAGUGAGUGCGCUUCCACAGGGCGCUCUAACCGCAUACGUGUCGCAGCUGUGCACGCGUUUUCAUCAGUUAAAUGCGAUGGAACCUUGCAAUCUAAAUCCUUGGAACUUCUUAAGAAUCGUAACGAAGAUUCAGAGUUACGCAUUGAAGCUUAUUUGUCCGUUAUCUCAUGCCCUAACGCUGAGGUUGCUAAUCAAAUUUCGGAAAUAGUGAAUUCCGAAACUGUUAACCAGGUUGGAGGCUUUAUUUUAUCUAAUUUAAAAGCAAUUCGAGACUCUACCGACGUCAACCGUGAGCAGCAAAAGUAUCAUUUAGGUAACAUUAGGGUGACAAAAAAAUUUCCCAUUGACUACAGACGAUACAGUUUCAACAAUGAGGUUUCCUAUAAACUUGAAUCCCUUGGUAUUGGCGCCAGCUAUGAUUAUCAAUUAAUAUAUUCGCAACAUGGAUUCUUGCCGCGAUCAUCUCGUAUUAAUGUAACAACGGAACUUUUCGGCACCAACUACAAUGUAUUUGAGGCAAGCGUACGACAAGAAAAUGUUGAAGAGGUAUUGGAAUACUAUUUGGGACCGAAAGGAUUGGUGAACAAAGAUUUUGACGAAAUUGUUAAACUCAUUGAAGUUGGAAAUAAUGGUGGUGCUGCUGCUGGUGGCCGAGCCCGUCGUUCAAUUGUUGACGACGUUGGUAAAAUUUCGAAAAAGUAUAAGACGUAUGGCAGCAAAAAUGUGCAAGAUCUCAAUUUAGAUGUGUCCUUAAAACUGUUUGGUUCGGAAUUGGCGUUCUUGAGCCUUGGCGACAACAUACCAAGUUCUCUGGAUGACAUUAUCAACUACUUCUCAACUUCUUUCGAAAAAGCAAAACGGGAACUAUCUUCGUUUGAAAAGCAACUUUCCAGUCACCAUUUAUUCCUUGAUACCGACCUUGCAUAUCCAACUAGCAUUGGAGUACCGUUGGAACUUGUAGCCCAAGGCUUUGCAGCUACCAAAAUUGAUCUUGCCGUUAGCCUUGAUAUUAAUGCUAUUCUAGAACAAAACUGGCAAAAGGCUAAGUACAGACUAAAGUUUGUUCCGAGUGUCGAUAUUAAUGCUAACCUUCAGAUAGGCUUUAAUGCACAAGUACUCUCCACUGGACUUCGUGUGGUAUCAUCAGCGCAUUCAGCGACUGGUAGCGAUAUUAUUGUAGCUGUUAUUAAGGAUGGAGAAGGCUUUAACGUUGACCUCGAGCUACCACGCGAAAAACUUGAGCUUAUUAAUUUUAACGUUGAUACCGAACUAUAUGUAGCCGAACAAGACAAACAAAAGGCUAUUGCCCUUAAGGGUAACAAAAAAAAUAAGAAUUCUCAGCCUAGUGAGAUUUGCUUCAAUCAAUUGGAACUUGUUGGAUUAAAUAUUUGUAUUGAGAGUUCAACAAGCUUAGGUGAAGUUCAAGCUGGAAACGGUAAUGUUCCAGAAAGAGGACUUUCUGUUUCGGAGAAAUUUCACUUAUCCAAACCAUUUAGUUUCGCCGUUUACUUAACGACUGAACGCAAAUUUUCGUUCAAAGGAAUUCACACACAGGAAGCUUUUUCCCAAAAAUGGAAAUUAGAUUAUUCCACUCCUGGAUCCAAAGUUUCUCAUGAUACAACAGUUGUCUAUGAGCUCGGAAAUAAGCCUAGGGUAUAUAGUAGAUUAUCCUUUGAUAACUCACAAUGCCACUUUGCAGUGGAAGCUGGAAUAAACAACGACAAAAGUGAAUUGGUUGUAUAUGGUCAAUAUGAACAAGAUAAGGACAUAAAAAAAAGUAAAAUUGGCUUUAGCAAAAGCGGAAAUGAAUACAAACCUUUAAUUGAAAUCCAAGACAAUAAUGGAAUCUCAAACAGCAUAAAUGGGUACCGCGCUGACGGAAAAAUAGUUGUUAAAAAAAACAGUAAUAACAUUGAAAGAUAUUAUUUCGAAAACUUUCAAGUGUCAAAUGCUAAUAACGCCCGCGUAGUACUAAACGGAUGGUCGGAAGUUGGAUCUAAUUCAUUAACUUCUGAGCUUCGAAUUACAUCAGAUCAGCGAACAUUCUUAAUAAAAAAAAAUGUCAAAUUGGAAAAUGGCCUGUAUGAGGCAGGUUUCUACAUAAAUGAUGAACGUUCUCCUGAAAAUAUUUACGGAAGUUCAAUACAUUUGACAAUAGCUGAUCAGUCUUAUGCCAUUAAACUGAACGGUAAAGCAGCAGAUUGGUCCAUUGGCACCGAUGGCGGUUUGGAUUUCCAAAAACAUGGUGAUUCCGAUUCUGUGCGUGCAGGCUCACUUGUGCAAAAUUUUGAAAUUCAAUAUAAAAACAAGCAGGUUGGAGCAUUAAAGAUUAAGUCAAAUUUUGAUAUUAAUAAAUUGGAUCUGGAUGUGGAAAUUUCACGUGAACAAAAAAUUGGCUCCAUAAUCGUUAAAUUCGAAAGCAAUCAGCGACACGCGCAGGAUUAUUCCCUGGAGGCUAAAGCAAAUAUUAACAAGCAGUCUAUAGAUGUUAUAUCUAAGCGUGAUUUUAAUGGAAACGUCUAUGUUAUUGAUAACUCUAUAGUAACAAGUUGGGGAACUUUACUGUCUGCAAAGGGAGAAAUAGGACAACGUUACUCGGCCCAAGACAUUAAUAUUAAUAUUCAAGGCAAUGUUCAAAUAAGCGGCAAGGACAAAGCUACCCAAUGGAUACUUAAAGUAAUCGGCACACCUGACAAAACCAACAGCGAGUUUAGGAUUAGUCGAGACACCGCAGAGCUUGUUAAGCUAACCAGUGAGUCGCAGCAUCCGCAAGACAAAAUAUCCUUGGCUAAGCUUAAUCUUAUUGUCAAAAAUCAGUUAACUGCCAAAGGCGAGUUUCGCGUAGCUAAAAAUGGCAAGGGGGAAUUGACAGCCAGUAUUGAGACUUUGAAGACUGAACCGAAGCACAAAAUAGAAAUGGAAUCUAAAUUUUUUUUUUUUUUUUUUUUUUUUUAA